AUGAAUUUUUUAUUAGUUUUUUUAGUUUUAGCAAUUAUAAAUUAUGUAAAUAGUAUUCAAGUAAAAUUUGAUACCUCAAUUAUAGACUCUUGCACAAAAGCUGCUCCAUGUAAUUUAGCUACUAAACAAGUAUGGGUUGAUGGUACAAUUCCGACUGAUGGUGAUGAUAUCAUUAUCGAUUUUUCAGGAUUAUUAAAUGGCAAUGGUCAAACUAUAUAUUUAACUGCAGUUGGUUUAAAUAUGGAAUUAGCAUCAUUUUAUUUAAAUGGUGGUGGUGCAUCAAAAAAUGGUUUUAUUACAAAUUUAGUUUUAGAAAAUGCAAAUUUAAAUAUUAAUCAAAAUGAUAACAGUUGUUUCAAUGUAACCCAAGCUACAGUCACUAUUACAGAUACCGAUAAAGACGGUAAAAAUACAAUCCAAACCAAUAAUUUUAUCGCCAACGAAGUAAAUUUAGUUAUCGAUGGCUAUGCUAAUAUUGUAUCAGGUAAUUUUUCACUUCAAAGCUCCUCUGGUGCACAAAGUUUUAUUCAAGGCGCCUCCAGUAUCAAUGUAACAGAUUUUGCUACACUCAAUGCACCAGUUUACCAUUAUAGUUCCGGUCUCUUAGAGUUUUCAUCUGUUGUAAAUAUAUUUGAUACAUUUUACUCAAAUGGUACAGUAAGCAGUCAUAACAUUACUAUUGGCUCAUAUUCAAGUAAUUACGAAUAUCUAUCAGUAUCAUACAACACCUUGUUCCUUAAUGCAUUCUUAGUUAUCACCGAUAGUCGUAAUAAUGUUACUGUUCAAGAUUUGGAAUAUAUUGGUUCUCAUCAUGCUAUAUAUAUUGGUAUCUUAUCAAUGUUAAAUAUUACUGGUGUAGUUAACGGUAAUACCGUAAUUGAUGGAUACUAUAUUGUUAUUUUAGGUAAAUUGUUGUUACCAUCCGGUUAUACAAUUAGCAAUAUGAAUGCACCAAAAAUUUAUGGUGAUAUUCUAAUUCAAGAUAGUUUAAAACCAACCAUUAUAAAUUCUGUUUAUGCUCCAUCUGUUAGUAUUUAUGGUGGUAAUGGAAAUAUUUCAAUCAGUAACUCUAACCUAUAUGGUGUUUCAAUGGAUUCAAAAGGUAGUUUAGAUAUUUUAACCAAUACAACCAUCAAGGCUAUCUCUUGCAACGGUUUUGUAACUAUUCAAGACUCAGCAACAUUAACAUUGACCAAUCGUGGAUUCGUUUCUACUUUAAAUAUCUAUGGUAGUUUAGAAAAUAAAUUUUAUUUAAUAGGGGACACUAUCACUGUUUUCAAGACUGGUUCAAUCCAUUCAUCCUACAGUAUUUAUGCUAAUAUUAAUAGCUUUGGUACUAUACAACUUGAAACUUCAGCAGGUUUCAAUUCAAUUUAUGUUAAUGUUGGCUCCUCACUAAAUUUAGACUUUCCAUAUCAGUAUUUUAAUGGCUCUUUAACUUUUGCUCAAUCAACAAGUUUAAAAGCAUCAUUUGUUGAGUAUAACUCAAAGGUCCCAGUUAUCAAUGUAACAGAAAGUCUCAUAAUAGAUUCAAUCCCAAUUAAUAUUGAGGUUUCAUAUAUAACAACCACUCCUUCAAAAGGUGAUAGAAUAUUUUUAUUUAGAGCAGGUAAUUCAACUGGUGUAAAUAUAAAAACAAGUGAUAUCACCCUUUCAUUAUAUGAUGGUGUUCCAUUUGAUUCAAAAAUUUUAUACAGUAUUUCAAAAGAUGAUCAAGGAUGUGUAUAUAUCGAAUUUUCUAAAUCUUAUAAAGUUGUAAUUGCUGUAGUUUGUACUGUAGUCCCAAUUGUUUUAAUUGCUGGUAUUGUUAUUGCAGUUGUUCUUAUAAAAAGAAAAAAUAAGAAUAACGAAAGAAUUCCUUUACUUUAA